AUGCCUAUUUUGCUGCAUGAAGAAAAGUGUGACGCCUGCUUGACGUGCGUGGGGACCUGCCCCGUUGGCAUCAUAUCGGAGGAGAAGGGGGCCUUGAAGGUCACGCACGUAGAGGACUGCACGGAGUGCGGAGAUUGUGUCGUGUCUUGCCAUACAACUGCCCUGGAGGUGGAUGUAUGA